CUUCCUUGUUGUUCCGUGGCUACGUCAUUUCCCGGAAGGGCAACUGUAGCAACACGGAAGCGUUGGAAGAAAAACAAAUAAGCGUUUAAUUUUGAGUCUAUUUGAAGUCAGAGAAGAGUUACUGGGCUCCGCUUUUCUUCUGUGUUUCCCUGUCUUUGACGAAAACUGUGGUCUAUGAUGGAGUUCCUGUUUGGGAAGAGGAAGACCCCGGAGGAGAUGCUAAGGCAGAACCAGAGGGCGCUCAACCGGGCCAUGAGAGACCUGGACCGAGAGCGAAUGAAGCUGGAGCAGCAGGAGAAGAAGAUCAUCGCUGACAUAAAGAAGAUGGCCAAACAGGGACAAAUGGACGCAGUAAAGAUCAUGGCGAAGGAUUUGGUUCGCACGCGGCGCUACAUCAAGAAGUUCAUCAUGAUGAAAGCCAACAUUCAGGCUGUCAGCCUAAAGAUCCAGACGCUCAAGUCUAACAACAGCAUGGCACAGGCGAUGAAAGGCGUCACCAAGGCCAUGGCCACCAUGAACAGACAGCUGAAGCUCCCUCAGAUUCAGAAGAUCAUGAUGGAGUUUGAGAAACAGAGCGAGAUGAUGGAUAUGAAGGAGGAGAUGAUGAACGACGCCAUCGAUGACGCCAUGGGGGAUGAGGACGAUGAAGAGGAGAGCGACGCCAUCGUCUCCCAAGUGCUGGAUGAGCUCGGUCUCAACCUGUCCGAUGAGCUGUCAAAUCUUCCCAGCACCGGGGGGAGCCUCUCCGUGGCCGGCGGGAAGAAGGCCGAGCCUCAGACCGCCUUGGCCGACGCGGACGCGGACCUGGAGGAGCGUCUGAAUAACCUGCGGAGAGACUAAAUGCGCUAGAACUGUCCGAGAAGCGCACUUUGGCAAGGGUCACCAAUACAAACGCACUUGAAUCUCUGCGUCUAGAUUCUUUUGGAGGCAUAAGUGGCCGACUGUUAACAGCGAGCAGGCUGUUCCAUAAGGUGUAUGGCUUUUUGUUUGAGGUAUUUUCAUUUACUGUGUGUGCUAUGUAUCUUAUCAUUACGAGGGUGAUUAUCCUUCAGAGAUCUAGAAAAUCCUCUUCGAUUUAGUUAAGACUCUGCCAAAUGACACACGUUGUCUGUACAUACUAACUUCUCAAAGCAUGAUGUACUUGCGGUUUAAAUCAACACUAAUUACAGAAUAUUCAAGGAAAACC